GCGUGGGAGGAGGAGGGGGGGGGGUGAGGUUGCGCAUGCGCAGGCGCGGCGGCUGGCAAAACGGUCGGUUGGCAGUUGGCGGUUUGGCAGUUGGCGGCGCGCGGAGCCUCUGCGUCCCUCCCUCUCGAGCCGCUGUUGUCAGGUGAUGGCUUAUCAGCAGCACCAGUACCGACAGCAGCAGCAGCAACAACAGCAGCAGCACAACGGCCUCCAGGACCAGGGCUUCCUCUGGGCCGUCUUUCAGAGGGUUGAUCGAGACAGAAGUGGGGUGAUAUCUGAAAAUGAGCUUCAGCAAGCUUUAUCCAAUGGAACAUGGACUCCUUUUAAUCCGAAGACCGUCAAGUCUCUCAUUGGCAUGUUUGACAGAAAUAAUCGUGGAGGAGUGGAUUUCAAUGAAUUCCUAGGUCUUUGGAAGUAUAUAAAUGAUUGGCAGAAUAUCUUUCGAAACUAUGAUCGAGAUAACUCUGGCUUCAUUGACAAAAAUGAACUCAAACAGGCCUUAACAAGUUUUGGGUACCGUCUGUCAGACCAGUUCUACGGUAUUCUGGUUAGUAAAUUUGACAGGCAGGGAAGAGGACAGAUAGCCUUUGAUGACUUCAUUCAGUGCUGUAUUGUCUUACAGAGGCUGACAGAUGUGUUCAGACGAUAUGAUACAGAUCAGGACGGUUGGAUUCAAGUUUCUUACGAGCAGUAUCUUACUAUGGUCUUCAAUAUAGUAUGAAUUUGUAACAUUUUGACUAACAAUCAAUGACAUUUCUGAAGUCAUUUGCAUUAAACAUGAGUCUUAUUGCUAACUUCCACAACCUUGGUUGAAACUUGCCAGCAUAAACCUUGAGGCAAAAGCAAAAUCUGCAUGUAAAUAGUUUAAAAUGCACAUAUUAAUUGUAGAAUGAAGAGAAACAUUUACUGUAUUGCUUAUUUUUUAAUAUUUGUAAUAGCUUGUUGACUGCAUGCAGAUGUGCCAUAUCACGUACCCUGUGCUGCUGUACUGUUUUGACAAGUAUAUUAGAUGCACAGCCUCAAUGAUUGCAAAAAAAAAGCUUAUUUUAUGCAUGGUGCCUUAUUAAAUCUAAACAAGAGAUGGAUGAUACUGUGACAUUCAGUUGUUCAGUAAAGAAUGAGUAAUAUGUCCACAAAUGCCUAGGUUUGCCAAGUGAUAACUUAAGUCUAAGUGUUUGUCCUAUUUAACAUUCCUUCAUGUUCUAAAUCAAGGUACAAUUAAGUUACAUAGAUUUGUGUGGGAAAAAUUGCAGUAAGCCAAUAAGAAAUGAACUGUCAAGCCAAUAUCAAUGUGAUGAAGCAAUAUACUUAGCAGUAGACAUGGCUCUUAAUCUUAUUUCAUAUAAAAGUUAAUGCUUUAUGUAAAGUAGUGCCAAUGGUUGUUUACUGUUACAUUUAUAAUGGAAAUCAAUUGCAAAUCUUUCAAAUAAAUCUUACUUUUCGGUA